AUGGCUUCAGACUGGCCUUCGUUCGUCGUCGCCGCCGGCGUCGUCGCCGUAGUCUUCCUCACCCUCUUCCUCGGCUUCCUCGUCCCCGCUCGCCUGCUUCCAGCCCCUGCCUUCCCCCACCGACCCACCGCUCCUCAAUCAGGCAACACCCUCGUGCGCAAGCUCCGCAAGCCCGCCGACUUUGACGAGUGGUUCCGCGGCAUCACAGCCUGCCUGCACGCCAUGGGCGCUAGCCAGCAGUUCUUCGUCGACGAGCCGUGCCGGCGUACCGAUGAAGACAACCACAUUACAUCCUACCGCACCCCUGGCCAGAGGGCAGGCGACCGCCCGCCGUCCGGUUUGCAGAUGGUGCAGUCGUUUGAGAUCAGCCACUCGCUUGCGCGCCGGCACAUGGACGUCAACUGGCGUCGCUGGCGCGAUGCAGAGCUCGUCGCCCGCUCUGCGCUGGCCCGUACGGUCGACAAGGACCUCUUUCAGCACGUCAAGGACCUGUGGUCCGUCAAGGACAUGUACAAUGCCCUCCUUGUCGCCCUCUUCCCCGAGCGGAACGACAGCGCGAGGGCCCAUGAUCUCUACCGCCACCUUCGUGGCAUGCGGCUCGCGGACGGCGCGACGUCUCUCGACAUGACGAUCCACCUGAACCAGUUCCGCGGCAUCGUGAAGGCGCACGGCAAGUGCGGCAGCUCACUCUCGGCCGACUCCAAGUUUGCCAUCUUCCGCAACAGUCUUCAGGGCAACAUCCGCGUGCAGGUCGAAGCUGCUUUCACGAACAAUCUCCCGGCUCCCGUCAGCUCUCUUCCACCCAAGACGAAGUGGCUCGCCCUCAAACGCGCGUUCGUUGAACACAUCGAGAGCAGCUACCGCGGCUUCACGGGGACGAGGAUGCCAGGGGACCUGCCGCCAUUCGACAGCGAGUAG